AUGGGAAGGGAAGUGGACAGAGAGCGAUGUAGCAUGCAGACUAAACAGCGCGGUCGAGAUCAGAUAGGCAGGCAGGGGCGAGCAACAAGAAGCAGGGCAGGGAAGGAACAGGGGAGAGGGGGGAGGCAGCAGCAGGAGGGCGGACCCAAUGGGUGCACAGAGGGGGGGGCAGGGAGCCUAACCAGAUGCAGCACAGAAGAAGCAGCAAGCAGAGGAGCAGAUGAGAGAGGGGGCAGGAGGCAAGCAGGGCAGCUAGUAAGCAACAGAGGGGACACAGGCCAAAGGCAGCAGACGAAGGGACAAGGGAGUAUCAGGGGGCCAGGGGGGGCAGCAGGGAAAGGAAGCAGGAGAGCAGGAGGACAGGGGCAGGAGAGAAGCACGCACAGGAGGCAGACGACAGAGUGGCAGGGCCAGAGAGGGAGGCAGAGGUGCAGGAGCACAAGGGGCAGGGAGAGGAGAAACAGAGGGGGUGAGCAGACAGGAAGAAGAGCAGCAAGGGGCAGGGCAGACAAGCAAGAUAGCAGGGGUGACAGACAGCACAGAGGCAACCACAACAAACAAGAAAGGUCCAGCAGCACCAAAGAGGAUAGAGGGAGAGAAGGGGAGGGAAUAACAGAAGACAGCGAGAGGGGAGCCCCCGCACCACCAAUGGCCGAGGCCCAGCAAAAAAGAGCAGGAGGCAGGCAGCAGGGAGGGGCAAAAAGAGCCAAGACAGGCAGAGAGAGAGGCAGUGAAGGACAGGGGACCAGAGACGAUGCAAAGAAGCCGGCGGAGGUGGCAGGGCGGGGUAAGCAGGCAGCCAAGACCCCCGCAAGCAGCAGGGAAGCACCAGGGGAAGCCCAGGAGAAGAGAAGCAGCAAGAGCGGACAGAGACAAGCAGGGACCAGGAGAAGGGGAGGAGGACAAACCAGAGAAGAGGACGGCAGGGGGAAGGUCGACAAAGGAGGGUCAACAGUCUAG